CGGUCCUCCGAGAACGCAAAUGCCCUCGAUGUUUCCCAUUUUCGAUACUCCACUCGAAACCCUCGCUCCCUCGCGACUGCAGUGUUGCACUCCUGUGGAGUAACCAUAUCUCUCUCUCUCUCUCUCUCUCUCUCUGUCUCUCUCUCUGCUUCGCCUUUGGCAGGGAACAGCUCUCUCUUCCAUUUUUUUUUUCUUCUUCCGCCGUUGGGAAACGUGGGUGCCACUGUUUUAACGCGACGUUUCAGCUUCUACUGGAUUGAGGGGAUUUCGUCGCCGUUGUUUACCGUCGUAACCGUCCAGGACAUUGCCUGCCGGAGAAGGGUUUAGUGCAGGGCUGCGAGGAGCGAUCUGCUCGAGCCAUUCGACGUUUGUUUCUUCAUCCUCCGAGCUGCUAUCAACGUUGGUGUCGAGCGCCAGGCAUCAUCCAGUAAUUUCGUUGCCUGCUUCUGGUGCUCGUGACCACUGCAGCUCACUCCAGUCGCUGCUCUGCUGCUGCUGCUGUUCGUUUUGUUACUUUCUUUUUUCCAGGAAAAACUUGAUUGAGUAUAGGAGCUAUGGCCUCUUCCACUGAUAUUUCUGCUUCAAAAUUUUUAGCGGGUACUUGGAGGAAGAAGCUGCCUUUGGCUAGAAGCCCCUAUAAUUGUAACGUGUUAUGGAACAAUAGGUUCCAUUUGGGUAGUGUGUGUUACCAGAGGUCCUCGAGGAUACCCCGUUUAGCUAAGAGAACAGCUGUGGCUCCCAAGUGCUUGUUGGGUGUUGUUGAAGGAGAAUCAGGUCAAUUGGAUCAGUUGCAGUUGCCUGAGAUAGUGCACUUUUACAGGGUUCCAUUUCUCCGACCAAGCGCCACAGCUGAGCUCUUGAAGGUAGUUCAAAAGGUAUCAGGUGAUGUGAUUAGCAUCAAGACGGAGCAAUGCUUCAAUGUUGGUUUGAAAUCUGCUUUGUCUGAUGAGAAGCUCUGCAUACUCAAGUGGCUGCUCAGGGAAACUUAUGAGCCUGAGAAUUUACAGGAUGGAAGUUUCUUUCAUAAAGAGAUUGGUAAUGAAUCUACUGUGUUGAUUGAAGUUGGACCACGUUUAUCCUUCACCACUGCAUGGUCUGCCAAUGCUGUUUCCAUCUGUAAGUCUUGCAAUUUGACGGAGGUGGAGCGAAUUGAGCGUUCUCGAAGGUAUUUGCUCUACCUCAAGGAUGGAGUGAAUGGGCUAGGAGAAGAUCAAGUUAGAGAGAUUGCUUCUAUGCUUCAUGACAGGAUGACCGAGUGCAUAUACCCAAGCAAGCUGGCCUCAUUCAAGACUAAUGCUGUGGUUGAUGAAGUUGCAGAGGUGCCCGUCAUUGAAAGAGGGAAAGAAGCAUUGGAGGAGAUCAAUCAAAGAAUGGGUCUAGCUUAUGAUGAACACGAUAUCAAUUACUAUACUAAGCUCUUCAGGGAUGACAUCAAGCGCAAUCCAACAACUGUGGAGCUCUUUGAUAUUGCACAGUCAAAUAGCGAGCAUUCUAGACACUGGUUUUUUAAUGGAAAGCUUGUUAUUGAUGGACAGCCGAUGGAUAGGACUCUUUUCCAGAUAGUGAAGAGCCCAUUACAAGCAAAUCCAAACAACUCUGUUAUUGGUUUUAAGGAUAACUCCAGUGCUAUCCGAGGAUUUGAAGUGCAACCAUUGCUUCCGAUGAUGCCUGGAUCCCCUUCUCCAUUAUGUCUGUCGUCCAAUCAGCUUGAUAUUCUAUUCACUGCAGAAACACACAAUUUUCCUUGUGCCGUGGCACCUUAUCCUGGAGCAGAGACGGGUGCAGGAGGUCGAAUAAGAGAUACACAUGCGACAGGGUUGGGGUCAUUUGUUGUUGCUUCAACAGCUGGCUAUUGUGUGGGUAACCUUAAUAUUGAUGGUGCUUAUGCUCCUUGGGAGGAUGAUUCUUUCUCAUACCCAUCAAACUUGGCAUCCCCCUUGCAGAUUCUCAUAGAUUCCAGCAAUGGUGCUUCAGACUAUGGCAACAAGUUUGGGGAGCCCCUUAUUCAGGGCUACACACGCACUUUUGGGAUGCGAUUAGCAAAUGGGGAGAGGCGAGAGUGGCUGAAACCUAUAAUGUUUAGUGGAGGCAUUGGUCAGAUCGAUCACAGGCAUAUAACUAAGGGAGAACCUGAGAUUGGGAUGUUGGUGGUAAAAAUUGGUGGCCCAGCAUAUAGGAUUGGCAUGGGUGGUGGAGCAGCAUCCAGCAUGGUUAGUGGCCAGAAUGAUGCAGAACUAGAUUUCAAUGCUGUUCAGCGUGGGGAUGCUGAGAUGGCCCAGAAACUAUAUCGUGUUAUACGUGCAUGCAUUGAAAUGGGGGAAAAGAACCCAAUAAUCAGCAUUCAUGAUCAAGGUGCUGGAGGGAAUUGCAAUGUUGUGAAGGAAAUAAUUUAUCCCAAGGGUGCCAAGAUUGAUAUUCGAUCCAUAGUAGUUGGAGAUGAUACAAUGUCAGUUUUAGAAAUAUGGGGUGCUGAGUACCAAGAACAAGAUGCAUUGUUGGUGAAGCCAGAGAGCAGGAUGUUGUUGGACUCCAUAUGUCAGAGGGAAAGGGUGCCUAUAGCAGUUAUUGGUAGCAUCAGUGGUGAUGGGAAGAUUGUGUUGGUAGACAGCUUUGAUGUAGAAAAAUGUCACUCAUCUGGACUUCCACCCCCAUCUCCUAUAGUGGAUCUAGACCUUGAAAAAGUGCUUGGCAGUAUGCCUCAGAAACAGUUUGAAUUCAAGAGGACAAUUGAAGCCCAACAACCCUUUCAUAUCUACCCCGAGGUCUCAACAAUGGAUGCCCUUAACAGGGUGUUGCGUCUUCCCUCAGUCUGUUCAAAGCGCUUCCUGACAACCAAAGUUGAUCGGUGUGUCACAGGUCUAGUUGCCCAGCAACAAACAGUGGGUGCCUUGCAAUUCCCUCUUUCUGAUGUUGCUGUCAUUGCCCAGACUCACACAGAUUUAACUGGUGGUGCAUGUGCUAUUGGUGAACAACCAAUCAAGGGUUUAUUGGACCCCAAAGCAAUGGCUAGACUAGCUGUUGGAGAAGCAUUAACAAAUCUUGUAUGGGCUAAAGUGACGUCGCUGGGUGAUGUUAAAGCCAGUGGGAACUGGAUGUAUGCUGCUAAACUUGAUGGUGAGGGGGCAUGUAUGUAUGAUGCUGCUGAGGCCCUCUGUGAGACAAUGAUUCAGCUUGGUAUAGCAAUAGAUGGUGGGAAGGACAGCUUAUCUAUGGCAGCACAUGCAUCCGGUGAAGUUGUCAAAGCCCCUGGAAAUCUUGUCAUUAGUGUUUAUGUGACCUGCCCAGAUAUAACAAAGACAGUGACACCAGAUCUGAAGCUUGGGGAUAAUGGUGUUCUUCUGCACAUUGAUCUGGCUAAAGCAAAAAGGCGGUUAGGUGGUUCGGUUCUAGGUCAAGUUUUCAAACAGAUUGGUGAUGAGUGCCCUGAUCUGGAUGAUGUUACGUACCUUAAGCAAGCAUUUGAAGCUGUUCAAGAUCUGAUUGGUCAAGGUCUUGUCUCAUCUGGUCAUGAUGUUAGUGAUGGUGGCAUCAUUGUGUGCAUCCUUGAAAUGGCAUUUGCAGGGAAUUGUGGAGUGCAAGUGAAUUUGCCAUCAAAGGGCAAUGGUAUCUUUGAAACACUUUUUGCCGAGGAGCUUGGGCUCGUUUUGGAGGUUGCAAAGAAUAAUGUUGAUUUGGUAACAGAAAAGCUUGGUGCUUUCAAUGUUUCAGCUGAGGUAAUUGGCUGCGUCACUGAAUCUCCAUAUGUAGAUAUUCUUAUUGAUGGUAAGCCUCAGUUACAUGAGAAGAUGACCCUCCUUAGGGACUUGUGGGAGGAAACAAGCUUCGAUCUUGAAAAAAUGCAGAGGCUACCGUCUUGUGUGCAACUGGAGAAAGAGGGCCUUAAGACUAGACAUGCGCCUUCUUGGAAAUUAUCUUUUACGCCCCAUUUUACAGACCAGAAGCUGAUGCUAAUUAGCUCUAAACCGAAAGUGGCAGUCAUUCGUGAAGAAGGGAGCAAUGGUGACAGGGAAAUGGCAGCUGCCUUUUAUUUUGCUGGUUUUGAGCCUUGGGAUGUUUCAAUGUCGGACAUUUUGAAUGGAAAAGUUUCCCUCCAAAGUUUCUGUGGAGUUGCAUUUGUUGGUGGCUUCAGCUAUGCUGAUGUAUUGGAUUCAGCUAAAGGAUGGUCAGCAUCAAUAAGAUACAAUGACUCCCUCCUAAGUCAGUUCCAAGAUUUCUUUAAUCGCCCAGACACAUUCAGCCUUGGGAUCUGUAAUGGCUGUCAGCUCAUGGCGCUCCUUGGGUGGGUACCUGGGUAUAAAUUGGAUGGGAUCAGCGCAACUAGUGAUGCUCUACAGCCAAGGUUCAUUCACAAUGAAUCUGGGCGUUUUGAGUGCCGGUUCACAAGUGUUACAAUAAUGGAUUCUCCUUCUAUAAUGCUGAAAGGCAUGGAGGGUAGUACCUUUGGUGUUUGGGCUGCUCAUGGUGAAGGGCGUGCUUAUUUUCCUGAUGAUGAGGUGUUCAAACAUGUACUUCAGUCAAACUUGGCCCCAGUGAGGUACACUGAUGAUGAUGGUGAUGUUACUGAAUCUUACCCUUUCAAUCCUAAUGGUUCUCCACUGGGUAUUGCUGCCCUCUGUUCUGAAGAUGGAAGACACCUUGCUAUGAUGCCACAUCCAGAACGUUGUUUCCUAAUGUGGCAGUACCCAUGGUAUCCAAAGGAAUGGGAAGUUGGUAAAAAAGCUCCCAGUCCAUGGUUAAAGAUGUUUCAAAAUGCUCGUCAAUGGUGCUCCUGAGAACAGGCACUCGAGCAUUUCAUAUGACAGCAGUAAUUCGGGAUUCUGAGAUGCUGCUUAGAGGUGCAAGAUGUAAAUUUUCAUUGAACAAGAUCGAGUAUUUUUGUUAGUUUGAGGCUUCAAAGGUUCUACAAAACUAUUAUUUUCUGGUUCUGGGAGCAUCAGAAAGAAUUGGGACGGUGCUGCCUGACCGGUUGGUAUAAUUGACGGCAUGUGAAUUUUGUAGGAAUAUUUACAAGCACAUGUCUCUGCAGGAGCUGUAAUUGAAAAUGUGUUAGUUUAAGUAACUGUAAUAAAAUAUCAAUGCUAUGUUAAGUACCGUUCAACUCUGCUAAAAUAAAUAUAUUUUUGUGGACAUUUUUAUACUGCAAA